CCCCUCUUUUCUCCCUCAUUUAAUAAUUUAAAAUGCCAAGGCUGGACUCCAAAGAAGAAAGAGAUCACAAAAUCAAGGAAGAACUUGAGGAACUGAACAACAAACUAGAAAUUGACUUAAGCCGUGAUGAUUCUGAAAACGAUCACCUAAACCUAGAGAGACCAAUCAGGACAAAAGCUGAUUAUAAGCCUGAAGCUUUAUUUGUAGGGCAAAUACUUGGCGCCGAUGGGUUUGAUAACGAAGAUGCUCUGUUUUUAGAAGUUAUAUUUAAACAUGGCGAUCACUGGAAACUUUUAGCCCUCCCUUCACCAAUACAGACGCAUUCUUGCUACCCUGAUGAGGAUGGGACUUAUGUGUUUGCCCAUCCAUUUGAAUUUUAUCUAACUUCCGGGAGUAUUCAUGGAUGGCCUAAAUUUAUAAUCAAAGUGUACAGACUAGAUGACUUUGGUAAGAUUGAUGCUAUUGCAUACGGAUCAAUUACACUUCCAAAUGAAGCAGGUACUUUUGAGCUAGAAUGAUCAACAUGGAGACCAAUGGGUAACUGUAUUGAUGAAAGUUACUCUUUCUUCCUAGGAGGGCCUCCAAAGUUAACUACAUUGAACCCCCUGACAAGAGACUUGACGCUGAGGGAGAACAUUAGCACUGUCAGCUCUGGGAACAUUCACAUUCAAUGAGAUGUGAUACUGAAAUCAUUUGAGGAUUUAGGCAUAAAGACUUCUUAAUUCAGUUUUCAAUAAAUAA